UCAGUAUGCUGGAACCGGAAAGCGAUGACCUUGAACUGGUCUACCAUGCAGAGGAACCUGCCGUCACCGAUGAAGUUGUGGGCGGGGCGAUCAGCAAUGGCCACGCCCACGACACGGCCACAGAUGUCAGUCAAGUGAAUCCAACCUUGCAAAUCGAAAGUCAGACGUCAACUUCGACAAAUGGGACAGUAAGAUUUUCGGACCCUAACAAUACGCCGGCAUCGUCGUCAGCGGUGGCGGUAUGUUCUCUAGAGGGCGGAGAAGAGGAGGUCACAAUGACAAGAGACAUGGUAGAGACGCGCCCAGAUGGCCGUAAAGUGAUACACACGACUCCAGAACUUAGAGAGGACCUUUCCCAAGAUCUUCAAGACAGACCUCUCAAAGAAAAAGAUCUGAAGUUUUUAAAGAUGUUCUCAAUAAUAAGUAUUUUUCUCUUUUUCCCACUGGGUAUACCAGCCUUGUGUUAUUCGAGGAAAACAGCAAAGGCGUUUCACGAUGGCAUAUUAAACGGUGACUUGGACAAAGCUCGAAGGUUUGCCAAGCGAACAGAGAGGUUUAUCGUGUUGUCUAUUGUUAUGUCUCUGAUCACAGCAAUUUUUGUGUUUGCUUUAGCGGAAUACGAGACGGUUGGAGCACCAGCCACAGGGACAGCGUCAAGAACACAAAACUUGAUGGUGAGGCAUCCUUAGUCGUCACGAUCCGGUGUCACGUGACAGAGAGUCCCCAUAAUAGAAAGUCCGCUUCGUAUACAUUUGUACAGGUGAGCCUGAUCGUCCUAGAUUUUAACCCAAAAAGUUCAGGCUAACCCUAACCAUUAUAACUAAACGGAUGGCAGACUUUCUGUUACACGGACCCUCAGUUUCGUUACACCUGAACAAAGCUACCCAGGUAUUUAUGCCUAGGUUCUAGUUUUACAAUAUCAAAUUUAUGAAUUUAAAGUAUUUUACUGUAUAUUUUAUCUGUGUAUCCCAACAUACAGUACAUGUAUAUAUAAGAAGAUGUAUUGUGCUUUAUCUCAUUAACAAGAUGUUUUGACUUAAUGGGGAUUGACAUUAUGUCAUCAACAUGCAGCUUAUCAUCCGUGUGACGUUUAAACUCGUUAUUUAUAGAUUAGUCUGAGUAGAGGUAUCAAAUUCUUGGGGCGCUUGUAUAAUGGCGGCUUGGAUUUAAUUGCGGAAUCCCGCCCUCUUAUUAUAUAAGAUGAGAUAUUAUAUAUUAUAUAAGACUUAUAGACAGGUAACGAAUGUUAACUAAACGGACGAUUACUGUUUCAUGAAAUACUUAAAUCUUUCUUUAUUAUUUAACAUAUAUUAUAUUUUUGUUACAUUAUAUUUUCCUCGCCUAUGUAUCCUCUCCAGAGAUGCAAGAAUGAAGAAAAGGAUAGGUUUGCUAACGUUUUAAAUGAUGUUUUAAUUUUAUCUCUCUGUGUUACGUUCGUGUUUAUAAGAUAUAUGUUUACACAAAUGCACGUGUCUAUAUAUUUAAGGAUAGAUAUAAUAAUGUAAAGUGCUUCGUGUCACUUUAGGACAGUGUACAAUUGUUGAUUUUAUUCAUAGUUUAUUUUGUUAUUGCAUAUUUUAAAGCAAUUAUUUCUAUUACCAAAGCCUUGUAACAAGGAUUUGUAAAUGUAUUAGGUGUCGGGCGUACUAUACGGAGAUGAGAAUACCUAGUAUUUUCAACAGUGCAGAUAGUUUAUACCA